GGUACAGGGCAAAUAAUGACUUGCACAUUGCCCUGACAAAUAUAAAAGAGGCUAACAACCUGAAGGUGGUUGACAGUCUCUAUAUUUUAAGAAACUUUCUGUUUUACCAGUCAGUCAGUUUGGUGUCUGGGACGGGUGAUCUCAUUGUUGCAGCUAUGCUUUCCACUUUUAUGAGUAUCGUUGGCUUGGCAGGGGGUUUGUUAUAUGCAGGGCUGGAGAGCAUGGUACCAUGUAUUCCUCCAGCACCUCUCUCUACAGCGCUCUUAAGCACUGAUCAGUAUAUGGGCUCCUGGUAUUUUGUGGCAGCAGCUGCAUGGGAUGAAGAUGGCAUUAAGGCCUUCAAUGGAACUGACAGCUCCGUUCUUAACAUUCAGAAAGGCGAAAACUCCACCCUGAAAGUGUCCGAACGCUGGCGCAUUGGAGAGACUUGUCACAGCAAUUCAUGGAGCUACAUGGCUCACCCUGUAACAGAUCCAUUCAUGUUUCGAGAAGAUUUUGAUGCUAUUGCUAUGGUCUGGGAUGGCAAGUGGAUGAACUGCCCUUCAUGUAUCGUAAUAUUGAUGGUGGAUGACGACGAAGAAAUCAGCGCUAUGUUAUUCUCUCGUAAUGAAAAGACAUCAGAUCAAGUGAUAGAGGAGUUUAAGUCAAAAGCUGAAUGUGUUCUUAUGGAAGAUUUGAUAAAGGCGCCUGUGACCAAAGAAUAUUGUAAAUGAUGACAUGGGUUAAAACAAACAGGUCGCCAGCAGCCGCAGUGAUCUUUCUAGUCUGAGAUGUGACCUUUGCACUGCAGUGCAGUGGUUAGACAUGCCUAAAGACUGCUAAAUUGAUAUUGAACAAAGCUAUAUUUCAAUAAAGAGCUUGUUAAAACAAAAA